ACAAUUAUGAUUAUAUAGAUCAUGUUAUAAUAUUCUUCUAGUCUAGAUCUCUAGUAACGUUACUAACGGUUAAACACAUUUUGGAUCAACUUGGCUGUUGGUCUUGAUCUAUAUUUUAAACUGAAAUAUCGCUAGAUCGAAAUUCGAUCUUGGCAUACGGAUCUAUUAAAUCUAGACUCUAGAUCUAUAUAUGCUUAACAAAUUAGAUCUUCUAGUACGCCAAAGCACCAGAUUGGUUUUCAUCACAUUCAAGAAGAAACAAAUUCCUUGUGCUUGUAAACAGUUCUCCUUCAUCACCUCAAACAUGACAGGAACAAAGGAAAGUCCUCCUAAAAAGCCACAUCUUUCAAAAAAAAUUGGAACUCAUAAUGGCAAGUUUCAUUGUGAUGAAGCAUUAGCUUGCUUUAUGCUAAAACUUUUGGAUGAUUACAAAGAUGCUGAAAUUAUUAGAACACGAGAUCAGGCCAUACUGGAUACUUGUGAUAUUGUGGUUGAUGUGGGAGGAACCUAUGAUCCCAGCAAACAUAGAUAUGAUCACCAUCAGAGGACUUUCAAUGAGAGUAUGAACAGCCUUUAUCCUGAAAAGAAAUGGGUGACUAAACUCUCCAGCGCUGGGCUGGUGUAUUUUCACUUUGGUGCCGACAUUAUUGCUAAACAGUUGAACCUACCCGCUGAUGACCAUAUCACAAAGGUUAUCUUUGAUAAAGUAUAUGAAAAUUUCAUGGAAGAAAUAGAUGCCAUUGACAAUGGAAUCAAUCAAGCUGAGGGAGAAUUAAGGUACCAGAUAACAACCAAUCUUAGCAGCAGAGUGAACAUAUUGAAUCCAGGUUGGAAUGAAAAAGAUGUUGAUGUCCAACUCCAGUUUGAAAAAGCAAUGAAAUUAGCGGGUGAGGAAUUCAUGGAAAGAAUCACUUACUAUCAGAAUGGAUGGUUGCCUGCACGUGAGUUUGUUGCUGAAGCAGUGAAAAAUAGAUUUGAGGUUGACUCCAGUGGGAGAAUCAUCUAUCUUAAAGAAGGUGGAGUGCCUUGGAAGGACCAUCUUUACACGCUUGAAGAGGAACAAAACCUAAGCCCACCUAUAGUUUAUGUUUUAUUUGCUGAUCAGAACAAUGGCUGGAGGGUGCAGUGUGUCUCUAAAAAACUUGGAUCUUUUGAAAACAGGUUAUCAUUGCCUGAAGAAUGGCGUGGGCUUAGAGAUGAAGAACUGUCAGAGAAGAGUGGCAUACCUGGAUGUAUAUUUGUUCAUGCUUCAGGAUUUAUUGGUGGGAAUAAAACAUUUGAAAGAGUUUUAGAAAUGGCCAGAAAAAGUUUAGAUUAAUUGUAGAACACAAAUAUUUACUGUUGUCAUCUUGUUUAUGUCAAUACAAUUUUAUAAGUCAAUUAC